CGGCUUGCACAGGCGGAAGAGAAGACGAAGUCUACGCCACAGCGAAAGCCCAUGGGGGUAGGCAAAGGUGGUGUGCGCUUGCCUUGGGAUCGAUUCUUUAGGAUUAAGAUGUGCCCUUGGAUGGCUGAGGGGUGCUGCCGCCACGGUGAUCUGUGUAAUUAUGCACAUAGUCCUGGGCAGCUGAGGCCAUGGCUUUCUUUGUACAAGACGAAACUCUGUGACGCCUUUAAGCGGGGAGAAUGCAUCAACGAGGAGUGCAACUUUGCUCACGGAGCUCAGGAGCUUAGACACACUACCGGAUACUAUAAGACCGAACUCUGUCAGCUGUCGCUUGCGGGAAGUUGUCCAUAUGGAGAGGUCUGCCGCCACGCACAUGGCGUCGAGGAGCUUCGACCUAAGACGCAGCUAGGCAGGAGAAACAUCGCUCUGUUCUUGGGAAGCCAGUCGCAGGGAACCGCAUCUAAGGAAACCACCACAGGCACUGAGGAAGAGGAAGGAGCAGUGAACGGGGCCUCGCUAGAGGGGCAGAGGCAGACUGCUUAUGUUGCAGCUAAUAGUGAGAAUCAAGCCGAAUUGGGGAGGCUCCUAUACAUCUCAGAUCAACCUAGGAAUCUUUCACGUGGCAAAAAGACAGGAGACUCCGGAGAAACAUGUCCAGAUAGCGCCCGGGAGCGUUCCACAGUUAAACACGCGACUGUUUUACGACAGAAGGUCAACAUUAGUACGAGCCAAGAGGAAAGCCCUGAAGCUGCACCGGAGCAGCGUGCUGUGCAGCAGCAGCAGUUACUGGAGGAUCAAAAGCUGGAAGGAGAUGCAAUGAUAAACGGGGUAGCUACAAGCGCAAGUCAUCACCGAAAGAAGACAGGAGGAUUGCGCAAGUGCCCUAAGCAGCAACAUGACGAGGAGAAACAGCAUCAGCAAGAUGCAAGUAUUCAGCAGGACCAGGAACAAGGGAGCACAUCCUUUCAGCAGUCAGAACUGUCUUCACAGCAGCAAGUGCUACAGCAUGCCAGUGCACAUAUAUGGCGGGACAUUCAUCUCUCCCUUCAGAUGUUGGAGGCUUCAUCUUCAAGGUCUUGUUUUGGCGUUCCCUGUGGUCCCCCACUAAGCAGGAGCAGGGGUCCACAGAAGUUGUCGGGGGACACCUGCUUCGGUACGCCUGGGUCUUUGACGCCGGUAUGGUGCCUACAAAACUCUCCAGCCCAAUCUGUAGACGACAUUGGCCCUACAGAUUACCCUUCAUGGCCCUUGGGCCCACCCGUGCACCAGCCGUUCCCCUGCGCUACUUCACGCUAUGGGCCUCCCUUGGGAGUCCCUCUUCUUCCUAAGCCGCCUCACAACCCCGGGGAUUCGUAUAAACCUGCACACUGCUUUGCGCAGUGCUCAGUGGAGCCUGGAAAGGCCAUCCAGGGGCCACAGACCCUCAUCCCCUUAUCUUCACGGCCCCUUCAUUACGACAAUGGAAUACUUACUGUCCACCCACAUCAGCAUCACGGGCAUUGCCAGCAUUCACCAUGCAUGUGCCACUGUACAGCUGCUCAUGAUUCUGGGGAACCUUUCUCUGGGAUGUCUGUACAUCCUCUGGCGCGUCCAGUGCUUGUGACAUCGGCCGGCGGCGUAGGAUUGGGCUCAGUGCUAGGCUCUCCGUCCAUCUGUCUCUUGCAUAGUCCGUCUGGCUGCCCCACCCUCCGCAGCAACACUGCCGGGGACCACUGUUGGCAUAACGGUCUUUCGGGACCUUUUUUUGGGGGAGGCGCAGAGAGAAUUUUUUUCUGGAUGCAACAAGUGCCCUUGAGAGAUCUCGAAAGGGCUACCUGCGUGGAGAAGUACGAGGACUAA